AUGCUUUCUAAAGGUAAAAUUCAUAUUCUUGUUGCUUCUAGAUCUGAAUCAGAUUCUGGAGAAUUUCUACAAGGUCAAUUUAGAGAUAUCAAUGAUAGAGAUGAUGGAAGUAAUCCAUGUUAUAGGUUAGUGUAUGUAACACAUAGUGAUGAAAAUGAUGAUGACAAUGUUGUAGAAAAAAUUAAGUCUUUUCUUCCUGAUGGUAUAAAAUUGUUUCAAUUUAAUGCUUUAACUCAAAAAGAAGAUAUUCAAUCUUCUCUAACUGAUUUUUUGAAAAGAGCAGUUGUAGAACAUCAAGAAUUGUUUGAUGGGUGUGUUGUUUCUAAUACUACUUCUAACUCAAAAUCACGCAACGAAUCUUCAAAAAAGGAAAAGAAAGGAAAGAAGUGUGUUAUGCUCUAA